GUGACAGGCAGAAAACAAGUCCAUUCUGAAUUCUCAAUACAAAUUUCAGACAGCAAAAGAGCUUCCAGGUUGGAGCUGCAAUGAAACUGCUUGUUUUAUUCUUAUUACUUUGCAUGGUUUCCAAAGGAAGCUGCUGCUUGCAGACCUCAAACAGCCGCUCCAUGCAUUCCCAUGAAAUUGCCAUCGCAAGGAAACUAACUGAACCCUUGAGUCUGCCAUCAAAGAAUAUCACAGAGUGGGAAUUGCAAAGUGAUCACGAGAACCGAGUACGGUACUUGCUGCGAUUCAGAGCCAGGGACCACCUCUUGCACUUGGUGAAAACACAGGAUCUGCUGACACAGACCUACAGCGAGUCGCACUAUCUUGCGAAUGGAUCCAUGGUAACGGAGCCAAGGCACCACUUAAAUCACUGCUGCUACACGGGUUUUGUUGAGGGCAUAGAAGAUUCUUCAGUGUCUCUUUGUACCUGCCGGGGUCUCAGUGGCUACAUAUCAAUCGGCGAUCAGAGAUAUGCCAUUGACCCCAUGGAAAACAGCAACCAGAAACACAAAGUGAUCCAGCUGGGGCAUGUCCGUACCAAGAGGCACAUUCUUCCUCCGUUCCCCAUGACAUCCAUGAGUCGUAACGCCAACCUCAGCGUCGAGCUCUUCCUGGUGGCUGACAGAGAAGAGUUCCUCCGAAAUGGAGGGGACCUCAGAAAGACCCAGGAACGAUUAAUUACUCUUGCUCAUCAUGUUAAUCAGAUCUAUUACAAGGAGCUAAAUAUCCAGAUAUUUCUCGUCGGCAUUGAAAUUUGGACAACAAGAAACAAGAUUAGCUCCAGCCAGGAUACCUCAAAAGCUCUGCUUAAUUUUAUGAAGUGGAGAAGCAAAGAGCUUCUGCCAAGGAUACACCAUGAUAACGCCCAACUUGUCAGUGGCAUGCCUUUUAAAGAGUCGGUGGGACAAGCCUAUCUGAAUGCCAUGUGCUCAGAAGAGAGAAGUGGAGGAGUUGUCAAGGACACAUGGGCCAGCACCCGAGAAGUGGCUAAAUAUAUCGCUCAUGAGAUAGGUCACAAUCUGGGCAUGUAUCACGAUGAACCCAGCUGUCAAUGCCCUGUCACCUCUGGGAAGUGCUUACUGGCGGAAUCAGCUGUGUGGAUGAUGAAUCCAGUAUUCAGUAACUGCAGUAUAGUGUCCCUCAAACAGUUCUUGAAUCACCAAAACAUUAGCUGUUUAAUGGACCGGCCAAAUUUCUCGAUGAAUAUCACAGUCGCAUUGUUUAAUGACAACAUUAGAAGACACUACAAAAUCAGUGCGGUGAUCUCAGUAUCGUUGUUCUUCCUCGUUAUUGCUGGACUAAUGAUGGUAAUUUUCCAGAAGCAAGGGCAAAGUAUCAAAGCUGCAAACCCUUAUCAGUCUUCCCAAAGUCUGCUUCAGCAGAACACCGUCUAAUUAUAGGGCUGCUCGUGAGGUAAAGAGAACUCCAUCACAUCUCCCUACCAAGGAUCUAUUGAAAGAUGCCCUUAUUUUCAGGAAGACAUAAUCUCUCUGGACCAGCCCCUCACUCCUAUAUGAUUGACUUCAGAAGUGAAACACGGUUGAUGUCAUUUAUGAGUGGUGCAAAGACAUGAUCUGUCUAAUCACUUUCUGUAUGUAAUGUGGAGGAUUUGUAAGCAUUACAUGAUGGGGUCCUGAUCUACGAUCACUGAUCAUUGAAACCAGCCAUCAGCAUUUGCAAAAGACAAUUUUCACCUAAAGACUUUGCUGCACUUAAGAUUCCUCAUAAGCCAAAGAAAAGGAAUCCAAAAGCAAGAAUGAUGACACCUGAAACUCACACUGAUUUUUUUGUAAAUAGUAGUGAAGAUGUUCGAGCAGAAACCCAGAAUGUAGGUCACUGAAUUGUUUGAAGGAAAACCAAGGUUGACAGCUCAAUGUUCCAGGGUCCAGAAGUUUUAGGUGCAAUAGGAGGGGGAAGUAGGAGAAAUGGGGGUAUUGCUGAAGCAAUGAGGGAGGAUGUCCUUCAAGGGUCUUCAAAUGAGGUCAUCUGGAUAGAGCUUAGAAAUAAAAAAGAGAUAAUUACCUUGCUGGGAUUAAACUACAGACUGAACAGUCAGAGGGUGAUUGAUGAGCAGAUAUGUAGUCAAAUCACAGAAACAUGUGAGAGAAACAGGGCUAUCGUUUUAGGGGAUUUUAUCUUUUGCUAAGUUGGCUGAGUGUGAAAGGAUUACACAGGGUGGAAUUUUAAAAGAGGUUUUUGUGCCAGUACAUAGGUAGUCCUACCAGGGAGAGGACAGUGCUGGAUCUAAUCAAAGAGAGUGAAUCUGGUCAAAUUUCAGUGGGUGAGUAUUUUGGGGAUAGUGACCAUAACUCAGUAAGUUUCAAAGUCGUUAUGGAGAGAGAUAAGGAUAAUGCAUAAGUUAAGAGUCUAAAUUAGGGGAAGUCCAUUUUCAGUAUUGUUAGACAGAAUAUGGACCAAAAGCAGUUAAAUGGGAUUGGUAUAGUUUGGUGUUGGUUGGCAUAGAUACAGUCGGCCGAAGAGCUUGUUCCUAUGCUAUAUUACUCUAUAACACUAUCAUUCCAGGAUUGAAAUAUUUUUGUUUGUCUCUCAGAGAAUCAAGAGAUAUGGGAAUGGGCUGGAAAGUGGAGUUGAAGCCCAAGUAUUACACAACGGAACAGGCACAAGGGCUGGGGGGAGUACAAACACUCCAAUUUCUUGUGUUUCUUUUCAUUCACUGUGAAACUCGAAUAAUCUGCAAAAGUGUGAAAGCUUAUUUAAAAAGCUAAUUAUUAUUAUUGAAGUUAAACUUUUUAUGUCUAUUUUCCAUCACACUUUGUAUACAGUGUAAGAGAUUGAAAGAGUUUUUAAAAAAAAAUACAUUCCUGGGAUGAGGGCAUUGUUGUCUAAGCCCAUCCCUAACCUUUUUAAGAGUCAACCACAUUGCUGUGGGUCUGGAGUCAUGUGAAGGCCAGACCAGGUAAGGAUGACUGUUUCCUUCCUGAAAAGGCAUUAAGGAAACAGAUGGUUUUUUUCUCAACAGUCAGCAAUGGAUUCAUGGUUGUCAUUAGAUUCUUAAUUUCAGACUUUCAUUCAAUUGAAAUUCCACCAUCUGCUGUAGUGAGAUUUGAACCUGGGUCCCCAGGGCUUCAUCUAAAUCCCUGGAUUAUUGGUCUAGUGAUCAUGCCACCACCUCCCCACUGUUGAGAGCAAUACAAGUAACACCUCCCACUGUCAUGAUGUGAGUGAUCAUCAGCUGUGGCAUUGUGAUUAAGUUGCUGGAUUAAGCAACAACUCCAUACCAGUGGUCUGAAGAACAUGGGUUCAAGUUCCACUAUGGCAACUGGUGAAACUUGAAUUCAAUACAAAGCUAGCUUAAUUGCGACCGCAGUUGAUUGUCAUAAAAAUCCAUCUGGAUCAUUCAUCCCUUUAGGGAAGGGAAUCUCUCAUCCUUAUCUG